AUUUUACGGGAAAACCCAAGUUGACUAAGUUUAUGUUUGGUUUUCCUUGACAAGGGUAUAUUGAGGACACUAAUCCCAUAAGUGGGAAAAAUUUCAAGCACCAUACAGGGUGGUGUAUUAACAAAAAAUAUGGUGCUAAUACCAACGUUUUUUUUUUUUUGGUUUAAUUUCACAAACCCAAAAAGGAGUUACGACACAAUUUUACAAAUAAAACCGGCGCGUUUUCGAGGAAAAUCGUCGAAUACCUUAUAUGCAACUGCAGCUGCACGUAGCAGUUACCACUCACUCCCUCACUCGCUCACCAUGAAUUCUAUGGAAGAACACGAUGUUGGCAUCACCUGCUACAUUUCCAACCUUCCUGGCUUCCGUGGAGUUUUAAAGCAAAGGUAUUCUGAUUUUAUUGUACAUGAAGUAGAUUUAGAUGCAAAAGUUGUUGAGUUGUCCUCACUUGAAGCCCUUGCCGAGGAAUCUAAGCUUGCAGCAGUGGAAUCGAAGAGUGUCCAGGAAAAUAAAACAGACACUCCAUCCGAAACUGAAGUUAUAAGUUAUGUUUCUCAAAUUGAAUCCUUUAAGUCUCUUGCGGGGGAUUCUGAUGCGUCUAGUUUGGAAGAAUUUAUUAAUCAAAUUAGUGCUGGCGGUGAAGAUGAUAUCUCUCCGAUUACUCUUUCUCCGGAUUCCGAUAAAUCCCAUCGAACGGCAGUGCAUGUUUUCUUUAGGGAAAACUUCAAGUUCCUGGUCACCGACACAGUCGAUGGACCUGAUGCUUCCAUAAAAUGCAUCCGUGUGAGAUUGAAUUCUGGUGGAUCCAACAACAACGGCAAAAACUCUAGGAAACGCAAAGAAAGAGAUACCAAACCUUUUGACAGCAGAGGUUCUGAAAAUUGGCCAGAAAAUGCUGGCAAGUUCCUUAGGUUUCACCUUUAUAAGGAGAACAAAGAUACCCAGGAAGCUUUGGGGGUGCUUGGACAUAUGCUUGGCGUCAAGUCGAAAUCAUUUGGAUUUGCGGGUACAAAGGAUAAGCGUGCUGUCACGACCCAAAGGGUUACUGUUUAUAAGAAGCAAGCAAGCAAACUAGCUUCCCUUAAUGAGAAGUUGUUUGGUAUUAAAGUGGGUGAUUUCUGUUAUGUUAAUGAAGGACUCUGUCUUGGUCAGCUAUUCGGAAACAGAUUUACAAUCACAUUACGAGGUGUUGUUGCAGAUUCUGUGGAUACCAUAAAAGCUGCUGCAGAUUCCUUAGGACGGCAUGGCUUCAUUAACUACUUUGGUUUACAACGUUUUGGAAGUGGUUCUGUGCCCACUCAUCGUAUUGGAGCUGCAUUACUCCGGGGGGAAUGGAAAUGUGCUGUGGACUUGAUCCUUGAUCCAAGAGAUGGAGAAAAAUAUGUAAUAGCCAAGGCACGCAAGUACUAUAAAGAUACCAAUGAUGUUGCUGGGACACUUAAGCAGUUGCCCCAAUUCUUAGUUGCUGAAACGGCCGUGCUGAAAAGUUUAAAACAAAAUCCUGGAAACUACUUGCAGGCUUUGAAAUCUAUUCCACGAACUUUAAGGAUGAUGUAUGUGCAUAGUUAUCAAAGCUAUUUGUGGAACAACGCAGCAAGUACAAGGGUUAAAAAAUAUGGAACUGAACAAGUAGUAUUAGGAGACUUGGUAUACUGUAAAGAAAAUCCUUCCGAAAAAGUUACAGGGAUUGUUGGACCUGAAUGUGAUGAUGACCGCGGCGAUAGUUAUGAUACUAAUAACGAAGAUGAAGUCUCUGGAGAUAUUCAUGACAAAAGAAAUAGCUAUGUAAAGGCUGUGACCACUGAAGAUCUAAAUUCAAAAUGUUAUGCAAUUGAUGAUGUCAUCCUUCCUAUGCCAGGUUCACGGUCAAUUUAUCCAACCAAUGAUAUUGUCGAAGUGUAUAAUGAUUUGACAAGUAAAGAUGGAAUCAGUUUAACUGAUAGCGUGCAUAAUGCAAAGGAAUUCUCGAUCACUAGUGUUACUGGAAGUUACAGGAGGGUUUUUCAGAAACCAAUUGACUUUGAAUGGGAAUUACUUACAUAUACUGAUAGUAAUAAGCCAUUGGUAGAGACAGAUUUAGAUAAAAUUGGAAAGUCUAAACCUAUAAUUGUCAACACAGUGUGUGCACUAAAUGAGCAAAAGGAGAAAGUCUUUGAUUGCAUUAGCCAAUUAGAGAGCUCUGAUGAUGCUCCAAAGGAAGUAAUAUUACCACAUGAUGAAUCUGUCCAUGACUCCAGCUCUCAAGACUCCCAUACUGCUCUCAAGUUGACUUUUACUCUUCCUUCUUCAUCUUAUGCGACAAUGGCGAUAAGAGAGCUUCUGAAGACUUCAACAUCUGUUGCAUAUCAGAAGACAUUAAACCAGUAAUUAUCACAGAGAACACUUGAAAGAUAAGUUUAAGCUCAAAUGUUUCUAAUUCUCCGUGGAUGACUGGAUGCUAUAUGUAUCUAAGUAUCUUGUUCGAAGUAAAGUUGUAUACUCUUAGUUUUCUCUAUAUUAUGCUGGAGAUACCGCGACUUUUCUACUGCAAAUUAUAGUUGAAUACUUUCAAGUACCGUAGCAUUAGUUUUAUUUAAAGAUUUCCAUGUAUUAGUUUUAGUGCGUUGUGAUUGCACAUACUUUCCUAUUUUUGUACUGUAGCAAUUCUUUUAUUUCCUGUUGUACUUAUUUUUUAGCUGCAACA